CAUGGCGCUCACCUUAGCAAGACGGUCCUGUCACUGUUUAUUUUGUGAACUUAUGUAAAAUGAUCAGGGUUAACAGUCAUUGCCGAGGUGUUUAAGCCACUGAGAACAAAGGGAAUAUCAUUUUCUUCUCCGUGUUCGAUUCGGAGACGAAUCGAGGGAGGAAUAAGCAUAAAAUGACGGAUAAAGUCAAAGUAGCGGUGCGAGUUCGCCCGUUCAAUCGAAGAGAGGUGGACAUAGGGAAACAAUGCGUGGUGGACAUGAAAGACUGCCAGACCGUUCUGUAUCAUCCAAGCGGGACCCACGACAAGGACAGCCACAAGAGGGCGCCAAAGACCUUUGCAUUUGACCAUUCCUUCUGGUCCAUUGAUGAAAAUGUCAAGGAAAAAUUUGCUUGUCAGUCCACAGUCUAUGCCAGAUGUGGGAAGGAAGUAUUGGACAAAGCAUUCCAGGGCUACAAUGCCUGUAUAUUUGCCUAUGGACAGACAGGAUCGGGCAAGUCCUACACCAUGAUGGGUACGGCUGAACAGAAAGGGAUCAUCCCUCGCCUCUGUGACGCCUUGUUUGAGCAGAUCACUAACAACCAGGAUGAGAGCCUCUCCUACAAGUGUGUCGUGUCCUACAUGGAGAUCUAUAACGAGAAGGUCCAUGACUUGUUGGAUCCUAAAGGUGGUCGCCAGAACUUGCGCGUCAGAGAGCACAACAUCCUGGGACCUUAUGUGGAUGGGCUGUCCUCGUUAGCUGUGUCAAACUUUCAGGACAUAGACAAUUUAAUGUCAGAGGGCAACAAAUCGCGUACUGUCGCUGCCACAAACAUGAACAGUGAAAGUAGUCGUUCACAUGCUGUCUUCAGCAUCAUUCUCACCACCACCAUGACAGAUCUGCAGAGUGGGGUAAGUGAAUUUUUUUUUUAAUUCGCUCUUGUCUCAGAAAUUCCUUCAGAUGAACACUUGCAGAAUUGAUUUUAUGACACAACAGAAA